AUGAAGAUCAGUUUAUCUUUUAACAAAAAAAAUGAAGGUAAAGGCAAUAGCAAAGGAAAAAAUGGAAGCCAGCGUGAUGGCAGAAAUGCAAGGGACAAAAUAGAUAACAUCUUUUCUGCUUCGGAUAACGAGGGCACGUUUGACUUUGAACAUAAUCACAACAGAAAAAUGUAUGAAGAAAAAAAUAAAGAAAUUGAAAGAGAAAUAAAAGAAUACAUUAACGAACAUGAAAACCCUAUAAAAGCAUUAGGAAAGGAAGAAGAGGAGUCUGAAGAUAAGGGCGAAAAACAAACUGACAAAGACAAAAUUCAAUAUUUAGGAUAUAAAGGAGAAGAAUUAACAAAACUAUAUGAAAAAAAAUUAGAUCUACGUGCACGAAAAAAUAGACAUAUGGACAUAGACUGCAUAAUCAAAAGUUAUGAAGGAAAAAAUUAUGACAGCACGAUUGACAAAAAGACGGAGGAAGCAAGUCAAAGAAAAAGUGAUGAAUAUCAUCACAAGGUAAAAUAUACGGAUCGUAAAGAUAGAAAUAACAAAAUGAAGAAGAUGUAUGAAGAACUUGAUUAUAAAAAUAAAAAUAACAAGAGCCACAGAAAAGGAAGAGAAGAAACAAAUAUUAGUAUAGACGAAAUAUUCUCAAAAAAGGAGAUUGUAGAAAAUAAGAAAUCGAAAUAUAUGGAUGCUUUAAUUAAUAGCGCAAAAAGAAGAGCAUUAGAAAAAGAAGUUUUAAUUCAGAAAAAACUUCGUAUUGAUACAUCAAAAGAAGAAAAAGUUUUUAUAACAAAUGCAUAUAAAAAAAAAAUGGUUGAUAGAGAAUUAAUUAAAAAAGAUAUAGAGGAAGAGCAAAAGGAAGGUAGACAUAACAGUAGAAAGUCAAAUUAUAAUUUAAAUUUAUUCUUAAAAAAUAUAAACGCUCCUUCGAAUUAUAAUAGAUCGAACAGAUAUUCUUUUUAUGAAAACUCAAAUUUAGGAGACUUUUGA